AGAGGCUGCCGCCGCGAAAGCUGGGUGGGGAGACGGCCGAGAUGGUGGAGGACGGCGGCGAGGAGGAGGCGGAGGGGGAGAGCGAAGAGAUGCCGGCGGCCGCCGCCGUGCCCCCCCUGCAGCGCUGCAACGGCUUCCUUCCCGGCAAGGAAGCGGAGGACGGCGGGCGGGCAGCCUCGGCGGGCGGCGGGGAGCGGGCGGAGGCCGAGGCCAUGCUGGGAGCGGCAGGCGGGCGGGUGGAGACGCGCCUCUCGCGGCGGCGGCUGGCCGUGCUGGCCGUCUUCAGCUGCUACUCGCUGGUGAACGCUUUCCAGUGGAUCCAGUACAGCAUCCUCAGCAACGUCUUCGCCGGCUUCUACGGCGUCUCCUUCACGCAGAUAGACUGGCUCUCCAUGGUCUACAUGGUGGCCUACGUGCCGCUGAUCCUCCCCGCCACCUGGCUGCUGGAUGCCCGCGGCCUGCGCCUCACUGCCCUGCUGGGCUCCGGCCUCAACGGCCUGGGCGCCUGGCUCAAGUGUGCCAGCCUGGCCCCCGACCGGUACCCGCUCACCCUGGCGGCGCAGGCCGUCUGCGCCGUCGCCCAGGUCUUCAUCCUGGGGCUGCCCUCACGCAUCGCAUCCGUCUGGUUCGGCCCCGCCGAGGUCUCCACUGCCUGCGCCGUGGCAGUGCUGGGCAACCAGCUUGGCACUGCAAUUGGGUUUUUGUUGCCACCUGUUUUGGUUCCAAAUACACCCAACGAUCUCGAUCUAAUGGCACAUAACAUCAGCAUCAUGUUCUACGGAACAGCAAUGGUGUCCACGCUUCUAUUCUUCUUAACAGGAGUUGUGUUUGAAGAAAAGCCCAAAUACCCUCCUAGUCACUCUCAAGCAGUCCUACAAACUAUACCUCCUGAGGAUUACUCCUACAAGAAGUCGAUUAUUAACUUGUUCAAAAAUAUUCCAUUUGUACUUUUGCUGAUCAGUUACGGUAUUAUGACUGGGGCAUUUUAUUCUGUCUCCACGUUAUUAAACCAGAUGAUAGUAACUCAUUAUGAGGGAGAAGAAGUGAACGCUGGGAGAAUUGGCUUGACACUGGUGGUGGCAGGAAUGGUGGGUUCGAUUAUUUGUGGUUUGUGGCUGGAUUACACUAAAACAUACAAGCAAACUACUUUGAUUGUUUACAUUCUCUCUUUCAUUGGGUUGCUGGUAUUUACUUUCACCCUGGACCUCAAAUACCUUAUAGUAGUGUUCGUGACUGGAGGAGUACUCGGGUUCUUCAUGACUGGCUAUCUCCCACUUGGGUUUGAAUUUGCUGUGGAAAUUACAUACCCAGAGUCUGAAGGCACUUCCUCAGGUCUCCUUAAUGCAUCAGCACAGAUAUUUGGAAUUGUCUUUACACUUGUUCAAGGAAAACUCACAACAAACUACAGUCCUCGUGCAGGAAACCUCUUUCUUUGUGCUUGGAUUUUUGUGGGCAUUAUCUUAACAGUUUUAGAUGUCUCAGACAUCAAGGAUUUAAAUAUGUGGCUUCCUCUCUGGGCUGAGGACAGAAGUUAUAACCUUAAUAAGAUCAGAUUUGCGAAGACACAAUGUAAAUUCAGGGAUUAUGAAUUUGGAUGUUAAAGCUGUACCAGUUGACAGUCCUGUAGAACCUGAAAGUACUACAUUAAAAAUUCAGUCAGCUUUAUAAAGCUGAAAGUGACUUAGAAACACACAAGUUUGGUUGGAUACUGAACAAUAUUAAUUGGUGUAAUCACUAGAUUUGUGUGUAUGAGUAGUAAAAUGUGUUUGGUGAUAGUUGUGCAGUGGAAACUAUGAAGAUGCUCCAUUUAUUUUGCUCAAGACGCAAGCAAUUCACCCGUUCCAAUUUGUAUGGAAUAUUUAUUUUUAACAGUUUUCAAGUUUUACAGUUUCAUUAGUAACGAACUGUGUGAAUACUCUCCACGCUAGGGAGACAUGUGCGUUCAGGAUACGUACUUGAAAAAAUCUGGAAUCCUGAAGUAUGGUCAUCAUGAUCAGAAGUACCUAAUCUUCUUUUCCCCAAAGAAUUGAGAGGUAGUUAGUGUCUUGUUCAGUCUUUUCUAGUGCAUUUGAGAAGUCAGAGAGUAGAUAACUGUACAGCUGGUGGAUCUUCAAGUUCCUUUUUUUUUUUUUUUUUAAUAUAAGCCAACAGUUCCUUCUGGGAAACUGUCUAUAGCACAAUACUAAAAACAAGAGAUGACUGCAAAUGUGUGUUUCAUACUGGCAUCUGAUACUUCUUUUGCCUUGAAACUUCUUGAGAGAUAUCAGAAGGCAAGUAAGAGAAAACACUUACAGAUUCAUUGUAACAUUUCCAGGGAGAUUUAAAGAGUUUCCUGCUAACUAAAGUGAAGAAAAACAAUUCUUAUUAAAUACAGUAAGAAGGAGGAGAAAGGCCUUUGAUCUCUACUGUGAAGUAUUUAUAGGCAAUGGAACACUACCACACAGGUUGCCUCCAUGGAAUAUUUUGAGUGCUUUCUCAGUUGAAGUGAGAGGAGUAUGUGUUUACAAAGAGCUGGUGCCUUUACUUUGUAAAGAAGAUCCUUGCCUCAUCUUGAGUUUAAUCAGUGCUGCUGAAGAAAUUCCAUUUUGUGUGUUAAACCUCCUCUGAAUAUUUGUGGAGUAUGAGAAAAUGUGUUCUAACCUCUUUUGCAUUUAUUUCUCUGCGUUAUGAAUUGUAUCAUUUAUGUCAUGAAAUUUUUGUGCUUGUAUAACUUAAAUCAUGUCUUUCACAGUUUGUUAAAAGCUGUAAGGAUGACUGAAAACAGUGAUGUUUCACUUUGUCUGAUGAAAUAUUUGCUGUUUUGUUUCAUGCAUCUUAGCUACCAAAGGAGCGAACUUCACCUUUUAUCUGAAUUUGGGAUGUGGAUUUCUCACUGCAGUGCUUCUGAAAAUAUUCUCCUUUACCUUAUGUUCUAUCUACACACCCACAGAAUUGAUAGCACUACAAUACUACUGACGCCCUACUAUUGCUGAAAAAGUCAGACCUGAGUUAGCAGACUUUUUGUAAACAUUUAAGCUUUAGCAGCCUUUAAGUUGGGCCUGCCAGAUCAGUAGCAUCAGUGAUGCCGUCUCUUCGAGUUCCCACAGAUGUAGUGCCACCCAGAAGGUGGAAUCCUACUUGAAAUUUUCCACAGAUUGUUAAAGAUGGAUAUGGGGAACGUUUUAAUUCCAAGGUAGUCUUUCAGUAUGAUAAGUACCACUAAAUUCUUUUCUUUUUCUUAUUUUACUGUAGAUUUAGAGAAUCCUUUUAUGUAAAAAGGACGCUGUAAACUCAGCCUCUGAACUUAAUGAUCUAGACUCACAAUUUUGUAUGAUAAAUGCUUCAGACGUGGGAAGACUGAAUGGCAAUAUACGUACCAGAAUAAGCUAGGCAUGCUUGGAACACUCGCCUUUCCAGAAAAGGUCCAUGUCUCUUUGCCAGGUCCAGUGCUAGAGAGAAAAGGGGCACACCUUCCUGCUCCUGGGGAGGCGAGCUCCACGAGAAGGGUCCUCUGGUGAGGUAGUUGAAUAUAGGAAAAGGAACCCAUAGAUAUUCAAACAGCAGGCAGGAGUAUGGGAGUGGAAGUAGAGAUGCUUUCAUUAUGUCAGUUCUUUGUGUUUAAUGACUUGCUGUGAUAUAAAUUGCCCCAUCAAGGGAUGUACACGUUUUCAGCCUGAGUGAGCAAAGUGAAAGUUCCUGCCUUUUAUAUCUGUGAGUGGCUUUUUCCUUUGGAGGAAUGAUAAUGACAUGUGCCAAAAUAUAUGCGUUCUUCCGCAAGGUACAGAUUCAGUGAAUGUUUGUGUUCAUGGCCCGUGGUUGCUUUGUACUUCUACUGUUGCAAAAUCUUAACAAGAUAAUAUCUUUGCAGUUUUGGGGGAAUGUUUUCAAAUGUCCGAUAGAAAGUCUUUGGCAGUAUCUGGAAUACUUUCUGAAAUGUCCAGUACACACUGUUCAAAUUCAGAGAUUGAGCUUUUUUCUUCCUUUUUAAAAUUUAUUUUUUAAUUCCUUUCCUCACUACUAGUUUCCAGUUUCUUUAGUUAUGUUCAGCCGAUUCUUGAAAAAAUACUCUAGUCCUUCUGGCUCCUUGUGUUUUUCAUCUUCUGCCAAAUUACUUGGCUACCCUCUGAAAAGGUCCAAACAAUCUUUUGGUAUGCUAGAAACCCCGCUGGGUCCCUGAAAAGUAAAUAUUCCUAAUAAUGAAGGCUUAAUUACAUCCUGGAUUUAAUACUCCCCCUCUAAAAGGAGCUUGAAAGUUGGAAACCUGUGAGCUAUUUCCAGGCAACAAUAAAGUAUUUAAAUGCAAGGCUCAGCAGGAAAAUAAAGAACAAACUAUAUUUUAUGCAAUAAUGUUAUCAUCUCUCUGUCAAGAAACUGAGGCUCUAGCUCAUGGCAGAAAUAAGUUUGGGGCUUUGGUCUUUUUGCUUUUAAUUUUUGUUUUUAAACAAACAACAUCCACCCAACCAGACAUCCAUCUGGAAUUGGCAGUAGGGUUUCUGACUCAGCCUUGAGAUUCUGGCUCAGCCCUCCAGUAAGAGUAAAGGUAGGGGCUAAAAAUCAUAACUGCUGAAUAGAGGUAAUCGUUUAAUGAAUGGAAUUACAUGUCAACUAUGAGAGGAUGGAGUGGGAAACCAAGUGAGGAGAGGCAUCCCAGUCCUAUGCAUCAGCUUUUGCUUUUCACUAUGCUUUUCUUUUAAGACCUGUAAGGCCUAGUCUGGAAUUGCUGCCAUCAAUUGCUUUCUUCUUCAGCUUGGUAGAUAAGUAAGUCCUUCAGAGCAUUUAUUUUGUAGAUGGGUUCUUGUCUUUAAUAAUGUCUUUUUCUGUUGCCGAGUGUUCAUGUUUUACGAAGAAGAACGACCAAGGGAAGAAUACGUAAGAAUCAUUUCAGGUUAAUAGGCCUUUCCUAACUUCAUCCUCUUGGUCAUCUCUUUUGUUCAAGACAGUCUGUUCCAGAGACAAUCACUGGAGUGUGUAAUUAGAGGUGCCGGCCCAUGUUGUCUAAUGAAAAAAUGCUUUCUGAGAAAUCUCUAGGCUAUCUUGUGCAUCUACAACCAACUGAAAUUGGGUUAAGCCAUAAGCAUUUCUUGAUUUCAUUUUCUGUUAUAUGUACUCAUGAAUCUUCAUGUGUGAACGGCAAGGUGUGACCUUUUCAGUUGCUGCCUUUCAAUAUAUGUAUGUAACACUUCUAAGUGUUAUAGGCUACUAAUGAUUCAUAGACCACAAGCUUAAUUAUUGUACCCCAUGUGACUUCCCCACUGCCACCAUUUGGUCUGAAGUCUGUGAAGAGAGGGAUGUUAAUGCAUGAACUAGAAUGAAGUAAGCAAAAGAUAUUCCUAAGACGAAUGUAUUUCCAUGUAAGAUCCAUGUUAUUUACUGCUCAUGUCUUUAUUCUUCUCAUGAAGAUAGGAAAGAUUUUUGCUGUAAUAGUUUGUUAGUGUCCCAUUCGUUGUUUCAAGAGAAAAUUAAAAAUUCCUUACGACUAUUCUUUGAUUGCAAUAUUGUAUGUAUGUGUAUAUGUGCGUGGCAUCAUUCCUUACCAUUAUAUGUUAUUAAUGAAGUGUAUAACAUGUAACUUGAUUGGGGCCAAGAUUUCCAUUUUUGACAGCUGCUGAUACAGUUGAUGGUCUAAAAAAUGAUUCAUUUUUUUUCCUUAAAAGCUGCCAUUUAAUGUAGGAAAAUUUUAUAAGUGAAUGAUAUACCAUGUCAUUAAUAAACACGUAUGUACAUGUA